AUGAGCAGAAGCAAACGUGAAAACAACUUCUAUAGUGUAGAGAUUGGAGAUUCUACUUUCACUGUACUCAAACGAUACCAGAAUUUAAAACCUAUUGGUUCGGGUGCGCAAGGCAUAGUAUGGUAAGGCUUUUCCUUUUUUUAAAAAUAGCUCAGUGAUGAAAUCUCAUUUUGUUUAAAAUGCGAACAUGAGUAAAACUGAUUGACGUGCUACUUGAAUGCUAGAUAGUACUGGUUGCUAGUGAACCAUUGCUUUUGUAUAUAUAGUGCCCCAGUCCUUUUAUUGUAGUGCAAGGUGAAAAGAGGGAAUAGAACCAGAUACAAUGACAUCAGGUCAUGUAAAGGUCAAGUGUAACUAGGAAGUAGGUGUGACAGGUACAGAAUUGGGAGAAUAGCAGUUUUAUUCACACUCCUGUCCAUGAGAACAGCAGCAAAACUCCGCCUCAAACCAAUGAAAUAUCACACCUCAUAAAAUGUGAGAAUCAGUCUCCUGAUUGAAAAUAACCGCAGAGGGCUAUCUUUUUCGGGGAAUGGAUUGAUUAGCCUUUUCCCUUCCUUGCAUUUUGCCUCGUCUAAAUCACCCUCUUUGUCUUGCUUUUCUGCAAGCACGAGGGGAAAAAAAUUCAGGGACUUUGUAUCUUGUCCCUUAUGGGUUGGAAAGCAAGCAGGAGAGAAUGAUUUUGAGAAGACAAAAUGUCAGAAGGGAAAAGGGUUAAGCAGCCCACCCACGGUUCUCUCAUUGAAACUAGCAGCCUUCCACAGUUGCUUUUCUUCACUUGACCAGUGGUUGUGGACAGUUCUGUGCCCUUGGAUGUAUACAGCAGGGGUGGAGAACCUUUUCAGCCCAGCAGGUUGGAGCCUGAGGUUCACCACCAAUGGCAAAUCACCUCAUAUCACCAUAGAAUCAUAGAUGACAUCUUUGAGAUAAAUGUUCUUCAUAGAAGCUUUACUAUGAGCUGUACAAUCUGUGAGUAAGCCUUUCGCUUCAGCAAUUAUUUCCCCCACAAACAUUUCACAGUAUCGGAAUAUUUAAGCUGUUUUCAUUCUUAUUCAAAUCAGAAUAUCUCUAAUACUACAAACCUCUUUCAGAUCCUUGACUGAUUGUGUUUCACGGAUAGGUCUUGACUCCAGUCUCCCAGUCUUCUUGUCAAUUUUUAUACAAAUAUGGUUAUGACAGUUCACUUUUAUUUACAGUGCAGCCUAUGAUGCUAUCCUUGAAAGAAAUGUAGCAAUCAAGAAGCUAAGUCGGCCAUUUCAGAACCAAACCCAUGCCAAACGAGCCUACAGAGAGCUUGUCCUCAUGAAGUGCGUAAACCACAAAAACGUAAGUACAUUUGUUCAUCGUUUAAAUAUCAACGGUAAGGGUCAGACUAGAUGUGAGAUCAUUCUUACUCAUGCAUUUGCCACAUUUGUGUGUAAAGAUGGACAAACUGAUCCUGUUUCUUUCACUAUCAUUAACCUUUUGUUGUAAAAAUUAGCAUCCCAUUCUCCUCUUUAAUGCUUAAAUAGGACAGACAUCACGUCUAAUUUGGCAUAGCAAGAAAAUAGAAAAUAGGAUACAGGAUGGUUUAAUUUGCUAGAAAUGGAUUAUAUUUUAUUAUGUUGAUUUAUACUAUACUAUCUUGAUGAUACUAUACUGAAUUGAUGGGUUUUGGACAUCAGCAAUUUGGUAUCUGUAAAAUAUUUAUGUACUUCUUUUCGGCUAAACCUCACAAAGUGUUUUACAUAAAAAGAUGAAAACAAGCGCAAAAUAAACAAAGAUAAGCUACAAGGGAAAAUAAUACUUCCCCUCAUUCUCCAUUUUUUAUUUAUUUAUUUAUUUCCACCCGUCCUACCCUACCCAUGCAAAGCUACAAUUGCAUAAGUAAAUUAAGUGUAAGAUGAGAGUUACCUGUGUACAGUACAGCUAGUUGGGCUUGUCUUUGAGGUUAUAGGUGAAAAUGUGAGAGAGCUUCAGUGAAGUUCUGAUUUGAUCAAAUGCUAUGUUUUCUUGUGUGUUUCUUUUUGCAUUUAUUACUUAACUCACUUAGAGACAAACAGACUUUGUGGGCCUUCAUUGUGACGUGUUUCUUUCCCAUAGAUAAUUGGCCUAUUGAAUGUCUUUACCCCACAGAAAUCACUGGAAGAAUUUCAAGAUGUGUAAGUAUAAUUUUUUUGUAAAACUUGUUCGGCGAGUACAUUACAAGUGCACAAUUGAUUUUAUGACCUAAGUUGCUGCUUUCGUCUGAUUUUACGCUUUGAUGUUCUUCAAAAGUUACAUAGUGAUGGAGCUCAUGGAUGCAAAUCUCUGCCAAGUGAUUCAAAUGGAGCUCGACCAUGAACGAAUGUCCUAUCUCCUCUAUCAAAUGCUGUGCGGCAUUAAGCAUCUUCACUCAGCUGGAAUUAUACAUAGGGUUAGUGAGAUUAUUGCUGUUGUUUUAACAUUCCUGUUUGGGGAGUAUUUUUCUUUCCUGUUAAGCCAAGGAAGAUUGCUGUUCACUUGAAAUAAAACUGCCAUGGUGGCUAUGUUUUAAACCAACUGCAGUUUCAAAACAGCCUUCAAACGCAGACCAAUGUACAACACAUUAUAGUAGUCAACCCUAUAUCUUACUACAAGAUAAGCAGAUGAAAGGCACUCCCUAGCAGAGAGGCCACCUGUCUGGUCAUACCUCCAGAUUACAAACUUAAUCCUCUAGGGCAGGGGUGGGGAACCUGUAGUCUUCUAGAUGUUGUUGAAUUCCAACUCCCAUUGUCCCCAGGCAGCAUGAGACUUCUGGCUGAAAAAACUCCUCCCCACACUUGUAUCAUAAUUACCAGUUUGUUUUUUAUCUUCUACCGGGGACUUUCAUGCUUGGCUUAGAAUAAUCUCUCUCUCUCUCUCUCUCUCUUGAAAGGAUUUGAAACCUAGCAAUAUAGUAGUAAAAUCUGACUGCACGCUGAAGAUUCUUGACUUUGGAUUAGCUAGAACAGCAGGAACCAGCUUUAUGAUGACACCUUAUGUUGUGACUCGUUACUACAGAGCACCAGAAGUCAUCCUAGGGAUGGGAUACAAAGAAAAUGGUCAGCAACUUUCAUUUUGUCCCUUAACAUAAUGUGCUUUAUAUCUUCUGUCCCUACACCCUGCACGUUACAUCUUACAUUUUUCUCAGCUGCUGAAACUUAUUUUUUAAAAUAACACCAUGACCUAAGUAUGCUAAAUGUUUAAUCCCACUAUGUUGUGUUGAAAGCAUGUUAGGAAAUACUAUUUAUACAUUGAGGAAACAUAGGAUGCAGUUGUUUAGAUAAAAUAUGCUCUUGGGGCAGUGUUUUAUUCUAUCUGCACAAAUAACACUUUCCCACUCUAUGCUAAGUCCACCUUGAUCUCAUGUUUGACAUGGAGGUUACAAUUUUAAGCUCAGUUAUCUAGAACUGAUAAUGGAAAUGGAUGUAAAACUUCAUUCAAGCCACCACUCAGUUAUCAGCUUUUAUCCUGCAAAAGCUGCAGUGUGGUGGCUGCUGCUUGUAGCCUGAGAUGGUGGCCAAUCUCCCACCUUCUCUGGGGACUGGAGAGACAGGUGAUAUCUGUUGCAGAUUUAGAUUUACCAAAAACUUUCCCCACCAUUUCCAAAUAAUGAAGGUGAAUGAAUAGGUAGGCUUUUCCAGAGAGAUAAAGACAGAUGAAUGAUCAGAAGCAGCAAUUGCUCCUUGCAUCUAGUACUUGCACAGUCCUUCCUGCUGUGUGGCCAUGAGAGAGGAGUAACUGUGGAGAUGACAGCUGCUCCUUUCCUGCUAUCCCUGUGGGCAGCACGGAAGGGAGAAUUAGUCAAGCAAUGGCUGUAAGAUGCACCUGCCUCUGCUUCCAAGAUCUCACUUGUCAUCUUCCUCUGGGAAGCCGUACUGCUCAUUCACACUCCUUUUUACACUCUUCUACUAGAAAGAGAGGGACGUGGGUGGCGCUGUGGGUUAAACCACAGAGCCUAGGGCUCGCCGAUCAGAAGCUCAGUGGUUCGAAUCCCCGCAACGGGGUGGGCUCCCGUUGUUCGGUCCCAGCUCCUGCCCACCUAGCAGUUCAAAAGCACGCCAGUGCAAGUAGAUAAAUAGGUACCGCUCUGGCAGGACGGUAAAUGGCAUUUCCGUGCGCUGCUCUGGUUCGCCAGAAGCGGCUUAGUCAUGCUGGCCACAUGACCCGGAAGCUGUACGCCGGCUCCCUCGGCCAAUAAAGCAAGAUGAGCGCCGCAAUCCCAGAGUUGGCCACGACUGGACCUAAUGGUCAGGGGUCCCUUUACCUUUACUAGGAAGAGAGGAAACCAUGUUUGCUGUUUUUUAUAGAGGUAUCUACCAUUUCUUCAUGCUUGUCCUCAGCUUCUCUCCGGGCAAGUGUUAGGGAGAGGAUUGGGACAAUAGAACAUAGAAAGCUGCCUUAUACUGAGCCAGGCCACCUUUCUCACAUCUGAUGUCCUAUGGGAUCCCAGGACAGGUAGAGAUGUAGCUGCCAAUGUACCACCAGGAGCUGUAAAGUGCACUCCUGAUUGUGCACUGGCAAGGGAAAGCAGGCUUCGUCUCUCCCACUCAUCAGCGGAUGGAUGGUAGAGCCAAAGCCUGCUUCAUCACCUGCGCUAACAAGUUCCCCAAAGCCACAAUUCUCAGAGUGGCUUAACAACCAGUCCCAUUUAUUUAUUUACUUAGUACUAAAUAGAUUUAUAUACUGUCCUUCAUCCCAAGAUAUCAGGGCGGUUCACAAGAUAAAAAUACAAGGUAAAAGCACAAAUACAUACCAUAUUGGCGCGAAUAUAAGCCGCUCCAUUCCUCGCUGCUCCUGGCUGCAUACUGGGCGUGGGGGAGACUGUUCUGCGUUGCUGGCGGCCUUUCCCCUUCCUCGCUCUCUCCCUUCCCGGCCUUUGGGGAGAGGAUGGGGGGCUAUGCGCGGGGAGGGUGCUUCUUCACCACGCUCCUGGCACUGUUUGCCCCGCGCUCCUGGUUGCAUACCGUAAGGUCACAAAUAUAAACCACACUUUAACUUUUCAUGGUCAGAAUUUUGGGGGAAAGUGUGGCUUAUAUUCAGGCCAAUAUGGUAGUUAAAACAAAAACAACAAUAGUUAAGAUGAAAACAAAAGGGAGUGAGGGGAAUAGGGGUUUCCUAACAACUCUCAGCACGUAUAACUAACCGCGGCUCCAAGAAUUACUUAGGGGAAGCCAUGACUCUUUAAAGUGGUGUCAGAGUGAUUGAAAUGUAUUGCAUGAAUGUGGUUUCUAUCAAGGACCUCAGAACUCUACUUCUUUAAGAGGUUCUGAUGAACAGGAGCAGGAAAUUCCCUACUGGAAAAGGAAAAGCUAAUUUGCCUUGUAGUUGACCACGUUGUCUAUAACAAUGUGAUGUUUGUUUGUUUAUUAAAUCUCUAUACCACACUUCAUCUGAAAUCACGAGGCAGUUUACAAAAUAAAAACACAUAAAUACAUACCAUAAUAGGAAACAAAAACAAUACCCCGUUCUCUCUCACAUAGAUUGCUUAAUUGGCCAAAGGCCUGGGAGAAGAGGGAUGUUUAUGCCUGGCACCUAAAGAUAGGCAAGAAAGAGCUUCCCACAAACAGGGAGCCAGUAUAGAAAAGGUCUGUUCUUGUGAUUCUACCCUCCGAACCUCCCAUGGAGGAGGCACAGGAAGAAGGACCACAGAUGGUGAUUGCAGGGUCUGGGUUGGUUCAUAUGGGGAGAGGUAUUGCAGCCCCGAGCUGUUUUAAGGCUUUAUAGGUCAAAACCAGCACUUUGGAAUGGGCCUGGAAACUAAUUGGCAGCCAGUGCAGUCAGGCCAAGAAUGACGUUACAUGCUCAAACCAUCUUGCCCCGGUGUUAGCACACCAGUCCACCAUAGGAAGCUGUUGCAGGGAGCCCUGGUAUAAAUUAAGGGGUACCUUGUGAUAAGAAAGAAUGCUGUGCUUGGAAUUCAAAGGGGACACUUUUUGCAUAGCAGCAGCCUUAGCUCCAGUGGCGCAGUCUUGUUUGUGGCACAUUCUUCCCAGAGAAGGCUCUCCAUAUGGAUGCCAUUCAACUUACCUUGGAUGAUGGUGCUCCCAGAGAAGAGACUCCAGAGAUGAAUUAAGUACAUAGGCAGGUUGUGAUGGGAGCAGAUACCUGUUCAGGUACCUGUGUGAAAAGCACAACUACAAGUGUUUAGUUAGAAACUUGUACCCCAGGCUCUAGCACUUUGAAUUGUGCUCAGAAAUGGCCUGGAAGUUCUCUCGCUACCCUCCAGGCAGUCCUGGUCCUGGUGGCUGUAUGAUGAGCUAAUGGUAGUUUCCAAGCAGUCUUCAGAGGCAGGCCCAUGUAUAGUACAUUAGAGCACUCAACACUAGGAUGUUUAUCAGAGCAUGGAUAAUUGUGAACAGGCUGUCUUCAUCCUGGAGAGAUCCCAGCUGGUAUGCCAUCCUAAACUGAUGAAAGGCACUCUUUUGGCACAGAGGCUAUCUGGGCCUUUGGUGACAAGGGUGCAUCUAGGAGCCAGCCCACCUAUCCCUUGAUAUUUUAGAGUGAGUGCAACCCAUCUAGAACCGGUUGAACACAGUCUGAAUAGAUGAGCCACCUACCCUACUGAUGUUCUACCUUUUUGAGAUUGAUUAAUUCUCAUUACUAAUUAUGAACCUGUGUGUAUUUUCCUCUGUCAUUUCAGCUGUUUGUUAAGCAAUUCGGUUAUUGUUAAUCUUUUCUUAACGAACAAGAAUUUUUCUUUUGUUUUUUUAAAAAAGCUUUGAAGUAUUGGGGGUUUACUCUACUUCCGCUUAGCAAGUUGCAUUGAAAUCUAAUGGGAGCUAUGUAAGGACGCUAUUCUCCUGUGACCAUUAUUGCUUCCAUUGGGUCCCACUCAGAACACGUUUUGGACAUAUGGAGCUGUGUGUGUGUGUGUUCUAAAAAUACGUUUACAGCUUGAUCCCAUGAUUGCUUCUUCCUUUUUGGUGCUUUCUCUGCAGAUAGUAAAAUGCAGUCAUGCCUCCUGCUUCUUUAAUUUUCAGUGACAAUUUGCUUUGCUUCUUCUUUUUGUGCUACAAACAUAGUGGAUUUAUGGUCUGUUGGGUGCAUUAUGGGAGAAAUGGUUUGCCACAAAAUCCUCUUUCCAGGAAGGGACUGUAUCCUUGUACUGCUGCAGCAUGUGAAUUUUUUGGUAACUAAUACCUUGUGACUCUCUUCCCCCUUUGUCCCCCCCCAAAUAUUCCUUGGAAAAUGCUUAUAACUCCCUCCACCCACCCUUAAAAGGCUCAUAAUUAUUUCCUCCGGAUGAGUAUAAAAAUUAUUAGAAUAAAUUUGGUUCUAUUGAGGCUGCAUUUAGCAGUAGGAAAUAGUCUCUGCUGGUAUGAUAGCAAGCACAUCUUCACUUUUCUCAUUCAUUUUCAUCCUGCACUGCUCUUUAUUAUCAUUGGGUUUUUUUCCUUUUAAAGUCCUUUUUGCUUUUCUUUUAAUCAGUUAAUGUCAUUGCAUUUUGUUUUCAGUUGACAUUUGGUCAGUGGGGUGCAUCAUGGGAGAAAUGAUCAAAGGUGGUGUAUUAUUUCCUGGUACAGACCGUAUCCUUACUUUGGGCCUAGAACUGAAUGAUCAAAAGUCAAAUGUAUUCUAGCAUUUUCCUUUUCAACAUCAAAUAAUGCUGUCUCCAGCUGCCGAGGCUUUAAAAUUCUAUUGUUUCAAACACGUAUACAGUUUGCUGUUUUCUCCAAUUAAGAGCAUAGGCCUACUUGCUUUGUAAACAAAGUGGUUUUUAUAUGCUCCAGAACAGUAAAAAGUUUUGUGUUGAUUAACAGUUCCACCAGCCGGAGGAACACCUUGCAUGGUUGUGUCUUUGUGUGAUUUGGGCUUGAACACAGAAGUGUUUCUAGUGAGCAGCAUGUGCAAAAUUAGUGAGAUCUAUUUAAUAUCCUUCUGCUUUUUUCCUCUGUAACUUCAUUUUUUGCAUUUUCUCCUUUCUAUUGAGUACCCAAGCAUAUUGUCUUAAUUGUUUAUGUUUAGCUUUGUGUCCUAACAGAGCUAGUUAUUUAAUAUUCUGUUAAUCUUCAUUUGUGUGUGGACACCUUCAUUAGUGGUACUGCUAUUUAGUAGUGUUAACAGGUUGGGGCAAUAGGAGCACCUGCUCUGGAUACCACUUGGAGAGUAGCAUGAGAUGGGCAUCACUUACACAAUGACUGACCCUUGGAUAAGUGUUUGAUUCCCUGGUUUUUCCUCUCUCUCUGGUCCUUUAACAUUCUUGUUAGCAAUCAUUUCUGACUCUUAUAACGUAUUUUGCUACAAGUGAUUCCUUGACUGAUGCAGAACUGUUCUUGGCUUAGAUUGAGGUAUGGGGAGGAGGUAUUGGCUUACUGGGUUUGAUGGGACAAAAGCACCACACCCUGUACUGUCAAAUCUUCUUAAUAUUCCCUUCAGUGUGAUUAAUAGGGCAAGGGGUGUUUUGGAAGACACUUUCUCAAGUGAUGAUCACAGGUUUCCCCAAAUUACCAGACAUUCAAAACAGAUAGAUACAGAAGUCAUGGGAGAGUUCAGCUACCCCAAUAUCUGUUGAAACUCAAACUCUGCCAGCAAUGUAAGGUCCAGCAAAUUCCCCAGUUGCCUUACUGACAAUUUCAUUUCCCAGAAGGUUGAAGACACAACAGGGGGAUCAUCUGUCUUGGUCCUGGUCCUGGUCCUCACCAAGAGGACAGGGAGGAGGUUACUGAUAAAUGAAACAGAAGUACUGGGAACCUUGGGAGGAAGUGAUCAUGUCCUCUUGGGUUUCAUCAUACAGAGGCAACGUAAAGCUGAGGGUGGUCAAACAUGCACUCUGGACUUUAAGAAGGCUGAUUUCGAAAAGCUUAAGGAACUAGUGGGUGAGAUCCCAUGGUCAGAAAUAGUCAAAGAGAAGGGAUGGGAGUUUUUUAAAGGUGAAAUAUUGAUGGCACAAAUGCAGACGAUUCUAACAAGAAAGAAUAGUGAGAGGCACCUAAAGAAACUGGUGUGGCUGCACAAGGAGCUUACAGAUGAGCUGAGAUUUAAGAAGGGCAUGUAUAAGAAAUUGAAGAAAAGGGAAAUCAUGAAGGAGGAGUAUUCCUGAGUAACCUACAGCUGCAGGGAGAUGGCCAAGUGCAAGAAAAGUUACAUACACAGUAUAUAAAUAUAAGGAUGGUUUCUUUGGCUAUGCUCAAAGCAAGAGGAGGAUAUAUUAUAGCCAUCUUCAAAUAUCUAAAGGGCUAUCACAUGGAAGAUGAAGCAAGCUUGCUUUCUUCGGCUCCAGAGAGCAGGACCCAAACCAAUGGAUUCUAGUUACAAGAAAGGAGAUUCGACUAAACAGGAAGAACUUUCUGACAGUAAGAGCUGUUUGAUAGUGGAACAGCCUCGCUUAGGAGGUGGUGGACUCUCCUUCAUUGGAGGUUUUUAAGUAAAAGUUGGGUGGCCAUCUGUCAUGGAUGAUAUAAACGAGAUUCCUGCAUAGAAGGGGGUUGGACUAGAUGACCCUCAUGAUCCCUUCCAACUCUACAAUUCUAUGAUUCUGUGAAAUAUUGAUUUCCUAAGAGUACUUCUUGGCUCAGGACCAGAAGAUCAGCAGACAUACAUAUACAUAUACAGAGAGUAAAGUUAAUAAGCUAUGUUCACAUAGGUGUUCCCUAUAUGCUAAAUGGUUUGCUUCUGGGUUUGUAUGGUGUGGUAGACGAUUUUGAAAUUUGAUAUUGAAUCUUAGGUUGUGAUGUCUUAUUCUGUUGAUUAGGCUACUGAUUGGAGAACUCAGAUUAGUUCAACUGGAUCAAUUAUAUGUGAGCUUUCAUACAGUGGUGCCCCGCAAGACGAAUGCCUCGCAAGACGGAAAACUCGCUAGACGAAAGAGUUUUCCGUUUUGGAGGUGCCUCGCAAAACGAAUCUGCAAUGGGCUUGCUUCGCAAGACGAAAAUGUCUUGCGAGUUCCUGGGUUUUUUUUUCCCUUUUCCCCCUCUUUUUCUAAGUCGCUAAGCCGCUUAUCUGCUUAUCUGAUAAGCUGAUAAGCUGCUAAAAGCCGCUAAAAGCCGCUAAAAGCCGCUAAUAGCGCUAAUCCCGUCAAUGGGCUUGCUUCGCAAAACGAAAAAACCGCUAGACGAAGAGACUCCCAGAACGGAUUCUUUUCGUCUUGCGAGGCACCACUGUAUUUUUAUUCUCAAGGUUUAAAAAUCGUUAGUAUGGUGAAAUAAAAUAGUUUCAGUUAAACCUGUUGCCAGAUUGUUUAGAAAGAAGUAAUAUUCAGGUAUUUUCCCGUGUAGUUUUCCUGCUAAGUUUUCUAAACUCUCCAGAACAGUCUUGAAUGUGGCAGUCCUAACAACGGAGGAAACUCAGACCUUCAGUUGAUUCAAAUUCUUUCUGUUUUCUAUACUGUUCUGAAAGCCUCUAAGUGGCAUUUUGAAAUGCAUGAGAUCCUGUGUGCCAGGUGAGACUAACUAGCCCUUGUUGAGAUCAUAGCGAAAAGAGCAGUUAUUUGAUUUAACCAUCAUUGGUUCUCUAACAAGUUAUUGUUGGCCAUAGCUCUCCCAUUUAUUAUUGGUGUAGUUUUAACAUGGCCUUUGUCCUGAACGCUACAUAAACAAUUUUCCUUAGCUGCUUCACCUCAGAUAUUGAUCAAUGGAAUAAAGUUAUUGAACAACUAGGAACGCCGUGCUCAGAAUUCAUGAAGAAGCUGCAGCCAACAGUGAGGACAUACGUGGAGAAUAGGCCUAAAUAUGCUGGUUAUAGUUUUGAAAAGCUCUUCCCAGAUGUCCUGUUUCCAGUUGAUUCUGAACAUAACAAACUGAAAGGUAAGAGUUUUGUGCAGUGCUUCACUUCGAUUUCCACUGUGGCAGACACAAGCCCACGUGCCUCUUUCCCUUUCCAGCUCAGAUGGAGGAGUCAGAGGCUAGUUUUGGUUCUGUGCUUCCAUCCAGCAAAUGCAGAACCAAAACAAAGCCCAGCCUUCUUUCCGUCUUUGAGAGCGGGUUGGGAUAAUCCUCAGUUCCAGGGUUGAGAAGAUGCCUUGCAUUUAUCUUGCUCUCUAGAGGCUGGCUGACACAUCGCCAUGAUGAAAGUAGUGAGCAAUUCUGUAGAGCCUCGCUCAUAAACUACAUUGAUAGUGAAGCAGCUAGUUUGGUUGUAUCGCCAAAUAAGCUGUAUAAUAAUAAGUUUGUUCCUUAUUUUGCUUAUGGCUCUCACCCCACCCUUUUCCGUGCUGCCCGAAAUGUUUAAAUAUUACAUCCUAUAUUAAAUGUUACUCCUGCAGCCAGUCAGGCAAGAGAUUUGUUAUCCAAAAUGCUGGUGAUCGACGCAUCAAAAAGAAUCUCAGUAGAUGAAGCUCUACAGCACCCAUACAUCAAUGUCUGGUAUGACCCUUCAGAAGCAGAAGCAGUAAGUUUUAUUUAUUAUUUAGAAUCUGGAUUCUCUUGCUGACAGGGACACCACCAAUCAUGGUGUCUGAUGCCGGAAGGUAGCCCAAAAGGCUGGUUGUCUGCUCUACAGCUUAUAGUUUAUUCUUUACAUGAUUGAAUUGGAGUUUCAGAAGGUUCAGGACAAGCUGAGCCAAAAUGGGAGGCAUUGCAAAAAGCUUUGCCAGAAUAGAAAUCAACCCCCUUUUGAAGGAAAGUGGUCCUAAAACUAAUUUAUUCUGAGAUGAGCCCUAGGCUCUGUUUGCCCUGGCACAUAGCUAAAUCUUUUUUCUUUUUUUUAAGUCAUUUUUUUUUAUUUUACAAAAUACAGAUACAGUGGUACCUCUGGUUGCAAGCAGGAUCCGUUCUGGAGGCCUGUUGGCAACAUAAAAAGCCUGCAACCUGAAGCGUCGUAUCUGCGCAGGUACGUGGCACAAUUUGGCGCUUGUGUGCAUGCGCGAGGUGCGAUUCAGUGCUUCUGCACAUGCGCAAGUGGAGAAACCCGGAACUAACCCUUUCUGGUACUUCCGGGUCGCUGCGGGACGCAACCUGAAAAAAUGUAUCAUGAAGCAAACGUAACAUGAGGUAUGACUGUACAGUCAUACCUUGGGUUGCAAACACAGGGUUGCGCGUUUUCAGGUUACGGACGCACGAAACCUGGAAGUGCAGGAAUGGGUUACUUCCGGGUUUCGGCACUUGCGCAUGUGCAGAAGCACCAAAUUGCGUCAUGCGCGUGCGCAGACGUGGCGCUGCAGGUUGCGAAUGUGCCUCCCACACAGAUCACGUUUGCAACCCGAGGUUCCACUGUAAACGAAAAGUAAAAAAACAAACCAUAUCUAUAUAAAGAGAUUCUCUGAAUCUCGGGACUUCCCCCCAUCCCCUCCAUGGGGUCUCACAGCACAUAGCUAAAUCUGACUGGCUGUGUAGCAGCCAUCAUUUAAUUUUUUUAAUUAAAUAUAUUGGUCACUUUUUUUUUUUUUUUGCCAUGGCACCUCAAAGUGACUUAUAUUAAAAACAGCAACAACACACACAUGAAAACCAGGGAAAGAAAUACGUUAAAACAUCCCACCCCCUAAGAAGGCCAUAGAUGGUUAAAAGCCAAAUGCCCCACGUAAGAUGCAUUGCGCAGAUAGGGGUGCAGCUUGGGCCAUCAGCCAUAGCUGGUGGAUGGCACUCUGCACCACUGAGGUCACCUGAGUCUCAAGCGACAGCAAUGGAUGCAGAAGUACCCUUAAGCUAUGUACCUGCUCCUUCAGAGGAAGUGUAACCCAUAGGUAGGCAAACUAAGGUCCAAUCGCCUUCUCAAUCCGGCCUGCAGAUGGUCUGGCAUUCAGCGUGUUUUUACAUGAGUAGAAUGUGCCCUUUUAUUUAAAAUGCAUCUCUGGGUUAUUUGUGGGGCAUAGGAAUUCGUUCAUAUUUUUUCCAAAAUAUAGUCCAGCCCCCACGAGGUCCAGCCCCCCACCGGCCCCCUGCUGAAAAAGUUUGCUGACCCCUGGUCACUGUAACCCCUUCAAGAGCAGGCGACUCCCCAUCUGUCCAGUCUAGGGAACUGUCCAUUAACAGUGCCUCAGUCGUAACUGGACUGAGUGUCAGCUUGCUGGCUCUCAUCCAGUCCACUGCCAAGGGAAGACAGCGCCCAGCACAUCCACUGCCUCACCUGCCAAUGUAAAGCAGAAAUAGAGUUGUGUUUCGUUAGGAUAUUGCUCCAAAACUCCAGAUGACCCCAUUUAGCGGUUUCAUGUCACGAAGCUAAGACUGCUUGCAAAAGAGGGAAAGGGAGAUAAAAUUUGGCUGCCAAAUAUCUGUGAAAAGGGUAGGAUUAAGCCCUGGCAGAGGGGCUCUUCAAAAUAACUUGAAGAGCAUUUGGCUCAGCACUAGAUUAUUAUUAUUAUUAUUAUUAUUAUGCUUUUUUAUGACUCCUACACAUUAUGUGCAAGGUUCAGAGUUUCCAAGUUAUGCUGUAAGUGUAAUUAUAUGAAUAUUCAUUUAUUAAUUUUUUUGUGGGGCGGGAUUUUCAUUUGUAUUGUCGUUUUCACUUUGCUGAUGUCCAACUGGGCAUGUUUAGCCUGGAGAAGAGGAGGUUAAGGGGUGAUAUGAUAGCCAUGUUCCAAUAUAUAAAAGGAUGUCACAUAGAGGAGGGAGAAAGGUUGUUUUCUGCUGCUCCAGAGAAGCGGACACGGAGCAAUGGAUCCAAACUACAAGAAAGAAGAUUCCACCUAAACAUUAGGAAGAACUUCCUGACAGUAAGAGCUGUUUGACAGUGGAAUUUGCUGCCAAGGAGUGUGGUGGAGUCUCCUUCUUUGGAGGUCUUUAAGCAGAGGCUUGACAACCAUAUGUCAGGAGUGCUCCGAUGGUGUUUCCUGCUUGGCAGGGGGUUGGACUCGAUGGCCCUUGUGGUCUCUUCCAACUCUCUGAUUCUAUGAUUCUAUGAUUCUAACUCAUGGACGUCUUACGCAUCAUGGGGCAGGUUGGCACUCAUAACUCCUAAGCCUUUAUUAUGCUGCAUACAGCUAGUUGUAGCAUUGGGAUUAUUUUCCAGAAGUGGCUUGAGGAGACAUUUUAGCACACGAAUUAGCACUGCUGAUUAGCAGCCUAAACAUAGAGGGGACUCAGUGAAUUUCAGAAUCCUGCUGUAUAGCAGGAAAUCUAGGGAAAUGCAAGUGGAAUGCUGGGCAUGUACAGUAUUCCUACAAAGCAGUGUUGGUCAGCUUAGAGGCACAAGUGUAAGUUAUGCCACUUCUUGUGGAAAAGGUCCAUUUAAAUUAUCUAUGUUUAUGCAUGUGAUCGGGACGCGGGUGGCGCUGUGGGUUAAACCACAGAGCCUAGGACUUGCCGAUCAAAAGGUCGGCAGUUCGAAUCCCCAUGAUGGGGUGAGCUCCCGUUGCUCGGUCCCCGCUCCUGCCAACCUAGCAGUUCGAAAGCACAUCAAAGUGCAAGUAGAUAAAUAGGUACCGCUCCGGCGGGAAGGUAAACGGCGUUUCCGUGUGCUGCUCUGGUUCGCCAGAAGCGGCUUAGUCAUGCUGGCCACAUGACCUGGAAGCUGUAUGCCGGCUCCCUCGGCCAAUAAAGUGAGAUGAGCGCCGCAACCCCAGAGUCGGUCACGACUGGACCUAAUGGUCAGGGGUCCCUUUACCUCUAGGCAUGUGAUCAACAUUGGGCCCUUGUCACAAUACCCUCCCCCAGUGAUAUAGCAGGAACAAAAAUUCUACAUAAUAAUAGGUCCUUGAAGAAUUUCAUGGCUGGUGUGUAAUUCAAAAUAAUUAAUAAAUUGAGGGCCUGGGAUCCUGGGAUCAAUACUGAAAUUGAGAGUGUAAAUUUAUAUUUGCUACCUUUUAUUCAGUUUUCUGCCACAUUUUUGUUUUCAGCCUCCUCCAAAGAUACCAGACAAGCAGCUGGAUGAAAGAGAGCACACAAUAGAAGAAUGGAAAGGUGAGGUUAAUACUUUAAGUAUUAAUAUUAUUAGCAAUGAAGCUUUUGCUGCACUGUUUUAAGAUGCUAAAGUGUGGUGGGAACUGCAUUUGCCCCCACAAACUGUGUUGGGAAUAGCAGCCCCCAACAAUUUUCUAAAUCAGCAGGUUCCUGAACACUUGGGUUGGUUGGUGGUUCUUUUUCUCAGCCUUUAGUCCAAUAAUAAUAAUAAUAAUAAUAAUAAUAAUAAUAAUAAUAUUUUAUUAUGUAUACCCUGCCCAUCUGGCUGGGUUUUCCUAGCCACUCUGGGUGGCUCCCAACAGAUGAUCAAAAACAGAAUAAAACUUCGAACAUUAAAAACUUCCCUAAACAGGUAUGCCUUCAGAUGUCUUCUAAAAGUCAGAUAGUUGUUUAUUUCCUUGACAUCUGAUGGGAGGGUGCCACUACCGAGAAGGUAGAACUUGUGCAAGCUUAUUAAUAUAUAGCUUAUUUAUAUCUGCUGGAUCAGACCAAAGGUCCAUUUUGUUCAACAUCCUGUUUCCAACCAGAUGCCUUUGGGAAGCCCACAAAUAGGGCAAUGAAUCGCAGGAGUACUGUACUUAAUGUUCAGUUAUCAUUUUGUGCUCACAGCUAGGUAAAGUAGGAGAUUGGUAUCCAUUAUUUCAGUGCCUUCUUAUGAAGGAAGUACAGAAUCUAAUCUGCUUGUAGCUGGAAAAGAACAAUGAAGUGUGGGUAUCAUGAAUAAGUUAAUUAAAGUGGAGUGAAAGAAUACGAUCAUCUUUGCAUGGCCAGGGAGGCAGUUAGUUGUAUGGCUCAGAGUCCUGCAGAAAAGGAGAGAACAAAGGUCAGAGAUAAACUUGGAACAAAAUGUGUGGGAAUUAAGAGUUAAAAAAGGGGCUUCUCCUUGAACUUUGAUAAAGGCGUUGCUUUUAAAAUCCCUUGCACAUUUUAAGAAUUGGGUGUUAUAGUAUCCAUUAACUAGCUUUUGAUAUAUCCAAAUAGGAUCUGUAAAGGCACUAUAAUGGCCACCUCUCUUCAGGACUAAUAUCCAUGCCUCUAUAUUUUUCUUUCUAGAAUACUAGCAGUGCAACCUUUGGAAAAGGCACCCAUUGUGUAUUUGAAGUCUCUUGCUUGGGUAGAUUUUCUGUUUCUGAUAGUGUUCUGAAGUUUAGCUAGUUUUGUGGUUGAAGAAUCAUUUGACCCAGAAGCAUUUAAGGAAGCAAACGUUGCCUGCAGAUAUCGAGGAGUCGGGGUGGGUGUGGCCUUUUCAAAAUGCUUUUUUAUGUGCUCAUCCCCCCUGAAGCUGUUUGCUCAGUGAGUUGCUCAGUUUUGCAAAGUGGAGCAGAACGGCGGUGUUUCACGGGUGCAUUGUUUGACUUGCCUAAUGUACUACAUUCUCUGCUUUCUCCUUGAUCAACAGAGUUAUGUUCAAUAGACUAUGUGAUAUUUGUUAAUAUAGGAGUCUGUUUCUCUGGCUUGUUUGAAAUACUGUAUGGAUAACACUAUACCUGGUGAUUUUCAGAGUUGAUUUACAAGGAAGUUAUGGACCUGGAGGAGAGAACCAAGAAUGGUGUUAUAUGUGGACAACCGCCUCCUUUAGGUUGGUUUACAAUAAAAGUGCUGUUGCUCUAGUUUCUGCCACUUAGCCCUCUUCAGGUGUUUGUGCUGGAGCAUGGAGAAGGAAGUGAGGACAGCCCUUCCACAUUCCCAUCCACCUUCACUACAUGGAGAAGAGCUGUCUGUACCAGGCAACCUGCUCUACAGUACUCAUGUGCAGUUUACACACAUACCCAGUUACCCAUUAUUGCUAUGAUACAGUAAGUCAUUUUAGAAGCCACUGCAAAUUUCUGUGAUGGUGUAUGCACAAGCACUUCUGAUUCACCUUCUUCCCCUGCAACAAGGUGGCAGGUGUAGAUCUGUUAAUAUCUGCAUGCAGUAAAUACACCUGCCUCCUUCACUGUGAAUAGCCAUGUGCAGCUGUCUCAGGUCUGUGGGGCCUGUUUGGGUCUAUCCAACCUCAAAAAAGUCUUUGAGGGAUACAAACACUAAUCCCAAUUCUCUGUUGCUAGAUGUUACCUUAAGAACAUGAGGUGGAAUAAUGAAGGAACAGGUUCAACAUUUUUGUCUUACAAACAUCCCAUCAGUGCAAGCGUAUCAGCUUGGCAGAUGGAAUUAUCCAACCCCACAAAGCCAGUUGAGGAGGGGAAAUCCCUGUUAUGCAAGUGGAAACCCUUGCUUGCGCUGGGCUUUUGCUGGCAGGAUCCAUUUGGUGAAUCCCAUCCAGUUUUCAGUACUUACUCCAUCAGCCCUUUCCCAAAUCUUUGUGACUGCUGAACUCUGGAGAAAUAACUCACUGAGUUAAAGGCUGCUUCUCCACUUGAGCUCAGAGAGUUUUGCUAGUCUGCUUUCUGUCUGUCACUUUGAAAAAGCAGCUUUUGGGGGCCCCCAGAGAGACUGAGGACUUCAGGAAAUCCCUGAUCAGACUUGCAUUGCCUAGCUAACAGUGUAAUCUGACUUGGGCAUAUGCAAACCUCACCUGAAUCACCCAUGUUUGCCUUGUAAUUCAGGAAGGAGACCCCUGUUGGUUACCUGGUCUUUCUUUGUUGGAGCCCUAUAAUUGGGGGAGGUUUUUUUGCUUGUUUCCAUUUUAAAUAAAUGGGAGUUAGACAUCCUUGCUGAUCUACUUCAGACCACUCAGAGAUCUACUGGAGGCCCAUUUCUGGCGUAGACAACACACAGCAACUGCAACCUUUGCGCCAGGCAGGCAAGUCACCCUCCACUCUGCACACGUGUCAUAAGCUCACCUGCGUCCCUAAUGAUGGAAUGCCCCAACUUCCAGAGGCGUAUCCUCUGUGGGCAUCUUUGUUCAUCCUACCAAAGGGUUCUUUUUUCUCUUCAGAGCAACUCCCACCUCCCAGGGCUUUCAUUCUUUCUGACUGUGGAAGGCCUGCAACUCUGGCAGUGGGGUGCUGUUAUCAUAUCCCUUGAAGGCCUUGUCCCCCAACCUCUCUGACUCUCAGCUUCCUGAAGUCAGCUGCCUUGGCCUCACGGGGACAAGUUUGAUCCCUGAGGGCCAGGAGCUCAUGGCACCAAGCACCCAUCCACAACCUCUGUCCAGCAGAGAGGCAUGUAAUAUUUUGCACAGUAUGAUUGAUAGCCCCUAGACCCCUCCUGACUUUCUAUCUAUAGUGCCUGCUGUUUGUUAGGUAGAUUUACUGUGGAUCUUGACAUUUCUUACAUCAGUAGCUUUGUAGGGGAGUAAUCUGCUCUGGCCUCCUCACUCCUACUGCCAAACUCACCAGCUAACAUGACCCUUUGCCACAGGUUGAGAUGCUUUGCCGACUGGGCCACCCUUUUUUUCUUUGCUUACAAAGUGGACUCCCUGGAUUUGUAGGCCUGACUAGCUUCCCCCAGCUGUUGCUGCAGCCAGUUAGGUCAGGAGCGCCUUGAUAGAAAAAUGCAAGGAGGAGUGGCUCAAUUAUUGGGCUGCACCCGAUUCCAGUGAGUAGAAAUCUGAAAUGGGAUUUAGGGACAUCUUGCCCCUCCCCCCAUGAAUGGAUUCUUUUUUGUCAGGGGGGGUUGACAAAGGUGGGUUAAGGUAAAGAUAUGGGCAGUGAAGGACCUCUGGGAUUGCAAGAAGUUGACUCCCUUUGGGACUUUUUAAAAUUGAGCUGAUUUUUAACUUAUUUUGAAACUUAACCAAAAGCUGAGCUUUUAACUUGGAUUGAGUCUUACCUUUCCACUUAGCUCAUAUACAGCGCUUAAUAACUUUGCGAUAAGCUUAAUCUUGAGCUUCAACUGAGGGUGGUUGGUUGGUUUUUGUUUUAGAACCUAAGUUGCCCUCUAGCUUUAAGUUGUAACUUAGACUGUCUGGUUUUUUAAAACGGCACUGAAAGCUGACACUCAAGGGGUUGUUUUAAAGUUGAUCCUAGUUUUUAACUGGUUUUAAAUGGAGCUGAAAGCUGAAACGUUUAACCUGGAAUGAGAUCUAAGCUUACACUUAGCUGAUGUGCUGUCCUGUGUAACCUAAAACUGAAUCCUGCAAGACUUAAGUUUAACCAGCCUGUUAUGAGCCAAGUGCAUUAAUGUCCAAUCAGAGUGAAAAGGAGCCAGUGAAGGAGGCCAGUCUCUCUGUAACCGAAUUGAUGUUCUGUUUCUCAUAGCACAGGUGCAGCAGUGAUCAAUGGUUCUCGGCAUCCCUCUUCAUCGUCAUCUGCCAAUGACGACUCUUCAAUGUCUACUGACCCAACAUUGGCCUCCGAUACAGACAGCAGCCUAGAAGCCUCCGCAGGCCCCCUGGGUUGCUGUAGAUGA